UUAUUAGAUAUUGCGGAACUUUCAACGCCUCCGUUGAAAGCUUCAAAACGACCACAGAAAUUUUUUAAAACGACCGCAUUUCUUUUUAUGACGACAAUUUCAAAAGGGUAUAAAAGUCAAGAUUUCUGUCAAAAACAAGUUAAUGCACGCAACAAGUGAUCCGUAAAACUUUCAAAAUUUAAAAGGAGUUUAAUUUUUUAUUGCUUAUCAGAAGUAAAAUGCCUCAUUGGCACGUACCUGUUCACGGAUAUGUUCCAUCAGUAUCUGAACUUGCAGAUGAAAAAAAGAAAUUGUGUCACAUUCCUACUCGAGAAUACGAUCCGUCCGAUCAGUUCUUUGAUGAUAUGAUGGAUAUAACAUAUCCCCCAUUUAGAUACUUUCCUCAAUUCAAUGAUAGAGAAAUUACUAAAAAGAUGAAAAAAGAACAUGAUCGAAUGUACAAAAAGCUUAUGGAAUGCCUUCCAUAUGCGUGCGGUCAAUUAGAAAAAACUUCCGCUAAAGAAGAUAACGGUUUUAUGGUUGAUCUUGAUGUCAAACAUUAUAAACCUGAAGAAGUAACUUUAAAAGUUGAAGGACGAGUUCUUGAAGUAAGUGGUAAACAUCAUAAUAAGACUGAGAAUGGUUUUGAAACUAGCGAGUUUCAAAGAAAGUACACUAUUUCUGACGAUGUAGAUGCGACAGCUAUUACUUCAAUUAUUAACGAAGAUGGUGUUUUGCAUAUUGAAGCUCCAAAAAUGCUCCCUGUUUCGGCUGAUUCCAUAGAAUCAACAAAAGAUAAUUUUAAAUAUUGUUUAGAUGUACAAGGUUUCAAGCCAGAAGAAAUUUCAAUUCAAGUUAAAGGUAGAGAUUUAGUUGUUCGUGGUGAAACAAAAACUGAGGACAGAGAUGAACACGGUUUAAGUUUUCAUCAUAAACAAUUUACAAAAAAAGUAUCUUUACCAGAUGAUGUUGAUCCAUCUCAUUUAAGUUCUUGUUUUACUAAAAAUUCGAAGUUGAAUAUAGAAGCUCCACGCAGUCUUUCUCAGGCACCCUUAAAGCUAGAAAUCAAAAUGGACGAGUAAACAAUUUAAUUGAACUUAUUGUUAGGGAGUUUUUUUAAUUGUAAACGUUUUUUAUUUUUAUUUCAAUUUUUUUUUUA